AUGGAUCCAUCGGACGAGGUUCUUAGGAAUAUUAUGGACACUUGUCUUCAGCUCAAUUUAGAAGCUGAUAAGCAAGAACUUUAUUGGGAGCAGAGGGCUAUGUCUAAUUGGUUGAAGCAUGAGGAUAAUAACACAUCUUAUUUUCAUAGGUAUCUUCCUCAGUGUAUUGAUGAGGCACAAAGUGCGUUUGUUCCUGGUCGGAUUAUUUCCGAUAACAUUAUUGCAGCUUACGAGAUGUUACACCCAUUCCAGACGAAACGAGUGGGGAAAAAGGGAUAUUUUGCUUUAAAGCUUGAUAUGAGCAAAACUUAUGACCGAGUUGAGUGGAAGCUAGUAUGGGAUAUCCUUGGGAGAAUGGAGUUCGCAAUAGAAUGGAUCAAUCUUAUCAAAAGAUGUGUGUGCUCUGUAUCGUAUUCGAUGGUGUUGAAUGGCAUUGUGGGCGAGAGUUUUGAGCAUGAAAGGGGGAUUCGAUAG